UAGAGAGACACAUCGGGGUGUGUGAUCCUCAGCAGAUGCAGAAUUAUUGUGUUAAACAGUCAUCGUUUCAGUGUCUUAACCAUAGAGACACUGUAGCCUCGACUGAUAAAGCCAUAAUGUAUUUGUAAUACAAGAAGAAGAAUCAUGUUCGUGAACACGGCAUUAGUCGUUAUUUCUUUAUUGAUUGGAUUGCACGUCACAGGAGGCAUCUCUGUGGACGAUGAAGUUUAUCAGAUUCCGCAUCGGCGCAUGGCUAAUGGAAUGACUGGCCCCGUGUACCAGCACAUGGGUGUUCUCAGUCAGGAAAAGGCUUUAGAAUUUAAUAAGGAAUUACUCCAGGCGCAGUCUCGUGGACGGGUGGCUAAGCUGAUGCCUGCAGUGUUUCUAGAAUCCCAUUUCCAGAGAACUCCACAGAGGCAAUCAGAUGUCAACUUCCUGCAAAACAUUGACCAUGUGGAGAACAAGCCUGUAUCUGCCCACGAUACGGUCACAAUGGAGGAGAAUGAUGACAUCGAGCUGUAUGUGUCGUCUGUUGGAGCAUCAGAACCCGUGGCCCAUGAGGAAAUGAUCCGAUUGCUCAACAUCAACACCCUUCACCACAGCUCUGGGCCGCUUGCCACCACUGAGGCAUCCACUGAGAAGACUGUUUUCAAAGACCACCAUGAGAAGAACAGCAUUUGGGGUAAAGACGGCUUCUAUGUGCUGGUUAUCUGCCUCACAAUAUUCAUCAUUGUCUUCACCUGUUUAAUGGUGCUUUACCGACUAAAGGAGAAGGAAUUCUUGGAUCAUCAGCUUAAAGACCCAUCCCCGCCCAGCCGGGACGUGCAGCUGGCACCCAUCCCUGUUCAUGGUGCUCAGCCCCCUCUGACCCUCAAGAACAGUAUGGUCCAGGCCAACCAGACGUCCAAACCCAGUGCCACCCAUUCUACCAGCAGCACAAGCGCCCCAUCCUGUAACAUCAGCAUCCAUCAGACUCAUUCCAGCAUGACGACGUCAGAGCCGCAGUGCCCACCCAGCCACCCUGUGGCUGAGCUCAAACCCACUGUGUCCUCCACACAUUCACCCUUUAGGAUGAAACCUGUUGCAGGCCUGCAGGAGCGACGUGGAUCUAAUGUCUCACUGGUGCUGGAUAUGAGCGCUUUGGGUUCAGUGGAGCCUUUGAGUAGUGGGGUUGUGACCCCACGUGAGCGUGCAACUCAGGAAUACCUGCAGUCAGCCAGUCGGGUCCUCUCACGGCAACAGCUUCGUGACAUCACACUGAACACACAGAUGCUGCAUGCAGAGUUUGCCGAAAUCCCAAUGAACUUUGUGGACCAGAAGGAACUGGAUAUCCCAAAUCAUGGAUCAAAAAAUAGAUACAAGACCAUUUUGCCAAAUCCACAUUCCAGGGUUAUUCUGAAGACUAAGAACUCAAACGACCUGCUCAGCAGUUACAUUAAUGCCAACUACAUUCGAGGCUAUCUUAGAGAUGAGAGAGCCUUCAUUGCCACUCAAGGUCCAAUCAUCAACACCGUGAACGACUUCUGGCAAAUGGUCUGGCAAGAGGACUGCUCUGUCAUCGUCAUGAUUACUAAACUGAAAGAGAAAAAUGAAAAAUGUGUUCUGUACUGGCCUGAGAAGAGGGGGAUCUAUGGAAGGGUGGAGGUCUUUGUUAAUAAUGUGAAGGAAUGUGACCACUAUAUAAUCCGCACCCUUAUACUAAAGCAAGGAGCACAGAGUCGUAAAGUACAGCACUACUGGUAUACUUCAUGGCCAGACCAUAAGACCCCAGAGAGCGCAGGAACCCUGCUGCAGUUAGUGAAUGAUGUUGAGGAGGACAGGAGGGGCUUUACAUCCGGUGGGCCAGUUAUUGUACAUUGCAGUGCUGGAAUUGGUCGGACAGGGUGUUUCAUUGCUACAACAAUCGGCUGUCGUCAGUUGGAGCUGGAGGGAGUUGUGGAUGUGCUGCGAAUUGUGUGCCAACUUAGAACAGACAGGGGUGGUAUGAUCCAGACUGAGGAACAAUAUGAAUUUGUGCAUCAUGCCUUGAACCUCUAUGAAAGCCGCCUUCGUGAGGAGUCUGCACAAUGAACAGCUGGAGGAGCGUACUUUUUCAUGCCAAGAGAUCUGCUAUUGCCAUGAGGUUUCUGAUUCAGGAGAGAAGGUGGCAGAUAAUGUUUGUGAAGAUGGAUCUUUGUGGAUUUUUGUUAUGUGCGUGUCAAGGCAAGGGUUGCACACAUCACACCACGCCGUUGUUGCCGGCAAAUUUAUUUUUUGUCUUAACUUUUCAAGGCCACUAGUGUUAUCAACAUGUCAUUGUACAAGGUCUAGUUCCACUAAACAAUGUUUUUUUUAAAACAGUACACACAGCAUAAAGACCUUUAAAUCGGUUUUCCUUAAUUUUAUCUGAAUGUAGGUUUGAAAACAUCAACUGGGCAUUUUAAAAUACUGAAUUUUCUUCAUGAUGCAGUAUAAAUGAGGUAUUAAAGUUCUGUAUAUGAUAGUAUGAUCAUCAGAUGUUUCAUUAGAAUACAUAUUCAUUUUUCACUUUUGUACUUAUUGGUUAACCGUUUGUAAGUACAUUUUUUUUCUGCUGAUGCAGAACACAAUUUUAAAAUAUUCAGACUGUUUUUCCUAUGUUGCUGCUGCUCAAGCUACAGCGCUGCAAAAGAAAUGUUUUGUUUGAGCUGCAGAUUGCAGUAUGAAUUGAAUGUCAGGAGAGCGAAAGGACUGGAUGUCUCAGAAUUUCUAUUGCGUUGUCCUUGCUGAAUGCACAUAACGACAAACCAACAGCAAACCCUGAACAAAUGACUAUUAUGAGUGGAUUCCUUUAAAUAACUAACUAACACGUAUGGAAUUCAUGAUCAUUUGAAUUGUUGUAGAGACUCACUAAAUCUGUCACUGAUUCUUAAGUGGAUCCUAAAUUAUUAAGUGAAUUAAAAAAGAGAAUCAGAGAAAAACGAUAAACAAAAUGAAUAAAUAUUCGGUCAAGAUUCAUGACAGCUAUGAAACCAAAAUAAAUAAAACAAUAUCUAACACAUUUGGGAGCAAUUAUGUAAUUAUAGAACGUAUCUAAAAUUUAGGAGAUUUUUACUUGUGUGUGGAGGUAAAAUAAUUAUUAAAUAUUAAAUAUGAAUAAUAAUGCAUACAGUUUUAGUGUGAAUCAUGUUCAUGUAUCCUGGGACCACAAGGGUUUAGCUGCUAAUACUGCAAUUGUUUAUGGCUUUAGGA